GCCCCUCCUCUCCCUCUCUUUCCAACAAUCGUCCGAUUGAACUGGAAUGUCCUUACCACGCAUCGUUUCGCAAGUUGUCAUACUCGGUUCGCAGAUUCUAGGGAAAGCAUUUGUUGAAGCAUACCGACAGGCGGCGCGAAAUGCUCGCUCUGGAACUUCACAUGCCGCAAGUGCUGGCGAACGCGGAGGAGCGAAUUUGGGCAACAUGGCUGGGGACGGCUCGGUGAUCACCCGGAAACACAAGAUGACUGUUGACGAAGCAUGCCAGAUAUUGAACGUCAAGAAUGUACCAUUCUCCGAGGGUCCCACCCAAACCGUAGUUUCCGAGGAACUGGCCAACAUGUUGAAAGCAUAUGAACGAAUGUACCAGGCAAACGAGAAUACGAGCAAAUAUCUGUUGAGCAAAGUCGUUAGGGCAAAGGACCGAAUUUCUGCUGAAGUCGAGCUGUCUCAAAACUCAAAAACCCAACCCUGACGAGCUCAACUAUGUACGACGGCGGACCCCGCAAUCGAUGCACAUGGUAAAAACGGCCAGAUCUUCGAGCAACUGGGCGAGCCUUGAGCUACCUCUGCCAAUAAAACCGCUUCAAUUUUUUUAUUUGGUUUACCUCCACUAGAGUUCGAAAGUGUCUUUGCCGCCCAUUUCCCCUGGGCCUUAUGCCGCCUUGACACAUGUUUAUCAAAUCUACUCUCAAUACCACCACCCCCACUCACCGUUGGCCAUCUUUUAUGUCAAUACUACACCACAAGAAAGAAUCUCUAAAUGCAAUUUGUUCCAUCACAUUCACCAUCUCACAACCUCCACCCAUAUGUCUGAUGUUUUGUGCUUUGUCCUUGACAUUUGCUGAUGGUAAUGGCAAAACCCACUGCAAAUGGAGACUGUUACAUGUAACAUGAUGCCUUCACAAUCAAAUCACCUUUGUGGAACAAUGUAGUUUUGGGGCUUGACACCUACUCCUCUUUGAAAAGUCUAAUCAAAAUUUUGAAAAAAAAAAACCUGCAGCAGAUGUGGCUCAU